AUGACAUUCAAAGUUCCGUACGAAUCGAAUCCACCACCCUCUACACCGGAUAAGUCCAAAGGUCAGAGCUUCUGGAGUAAUGUCUCCACGACACCUGCCGGCCCGCCGCCAUCAACGGCAAACUCCUUCACGCCGCAAGGGCAGCCGCAAUCCACCGCGUUUGGAACGUCGCAGUUAGAGUCGCAUUCCAAGCUUAAUUUCGGACAAUCGACCAACUCGUUAUUCACCAAGUCUGGAGGUUUCAAGACGGGCGACAGUAUCUUUGGAUCCUCGUUCGGAUCAGACUUUGGUCUUCCCAAACCAACAAAGGCACCACCUGCCAGACCGCUCGCGCCUACACCAUCGCAGGGCCGGCUCGGUGGCGCCACGAAUGGCGGCUCGUUUGGACGGUCCGUGACCUUUGGCCAGUCCAAUGGGUUCGGUUCGUCUCAGAUGGAGGAGUACGAGGAAUACGAGGACGAAGGCGAGGAGGAAAUGGGAGAUGAAGAGGAUUACGAGGAGGAGCUAGAGGAGGAAGAUGCGGAAGGCGAUCUCGACUUGAGCACUCGGGAACCGGCCAACCGACUCAGUUUCCUGGAUUCCACCUAUGGUAACCCAUUGCCGGCACAAUCCCCCAAGUUUGGACAAGCGCGCAAACCGAUCUACUCGAAUCCUACCGAUGCGAAGCGCCCGAAGCUUGAUGAGCGAUGGGCUGAUCAGUCACCACUGCGCAAGACGAAAUUGUCCCCCAAGAAGGCGUCUGCAAUGCCCUCGAUCCUGCACAACCUGGCUUCUAGAGCCCGACUGCCGCCCGUCGAUGAACCUGCUGAUAUGAUUCUCAACACGGAGGAUACGGUGGAUAGGCUGUAUUUUGAGCUUCAAAAUACAGAGUACCGACACCUUGACCUCGAUGCUGUUCUUGCCCACGUUGCCAAUAAGCUUGUCAACACGUGGGAUACAUGCGCAGACCGCAGUGGAAUUUCCAGACCGUAUGGCGUUGGAUCGAGCAUCGGUCCUGGAGAGCAGGCCCCAUCACUCGUCAAGGCUAGCUUCUUGGCCUCUCUAUUACUCCAAAUCCACCACCCGUCUCGAGGCUCUGCUCCGAUCGCCACCGCUUCGAACCCGGCUGCGCGCGUGGCACCUAAUAGCAUGGUCAAGGCCAUGCAGCGUGCUAGUGCGGCCACCCCACUUCCACAAAUUCUGCUCGACUGGUUGAAUGGAAACCACGCAUCUCAGACCAAUGAUCUGCAGGCGCUGCGGUAUGUGGAGCCGAACCCGACUGCUUCAUCGAACUUUUGGGAUAUCAUCAACGCGGCCAUUCUCCGUGGCCGCUUCGCCGAGGCAGCUGAGAUUCUUCGUUCCGCCGAUUUCAACUAUGCCCGCUCAGCUUUGGAAGACGGCCUGCCCCAGCCUGGAUAUCGUGGCAUGCAGCUGCAAAACAUCCAGCGCUGUGUGAACAAGGCUCUUGAGAUUCUCGACUCGUGCCCCGGCUUCCAGGACGAUGACUGGGCCAUCACCGGACCCGACUGGACCGACUAUCGCAAGAGCGUUCUCUCCGCCGUCAACGACCUUGAAGAGUUUGCCGAGGGUGAAGAGCGGGAUCAGGCUGAAGUGCCUUUGCAAGACCACCGGUUCCAGGCUGUCAACUUUGGAUUGUCGAAUUACGGCCAGGGCCAGAAUCAGGUCAGUUUCACGCACUCCGCGCGCAUGGCUGAGAGCCGCGUGCCGUGGACGAUUUACCAGAGUCUGCGAGCCCUGUACCGGAUUAUCCUGGGCGACACCGCUACUAUCAAGGCCACCUCGCAAGACUGGGUUGAAGCGACUAUUGGAUUGACUGCGUGGUGGGACGGGGAGGACGAUGACGGUGCGUUCCGCGCCAGCACCUCGAGCCCGGAUUUCCAGCGCUCCCGUGGAUCUAGAAACCAACUCCGGGCUGUGGACCGAAACAUGCGAAAUGCGUACCUGCGCCGCUUGGAUUUGGCAUUCAGCAGUGCGACUAAUGAGCCGUCCGAUGACACUGGGUUCCGCGUGAAUACGAUGAACAGCCUGGAAGUUGGUCUGGCGUCCGUGUUUGAGGGUAACGUCCAAGGCGUGCUGGAACUGCUACAGUCAUGGUCUCUCUGCAUCACGGCUGCAAUCACGGAAGUGGCCGAAGUUGGCGGCUGGUUAGAAGAUGGAGGCCAGCAGAAAAUGCCGGGUCUCAGCGAGAAUGACUUGAUGGUUCUAUCCUAUGGGCAAGGCAACAUGCCUGCCUCCCGGGGAUUGACUCGGGAUGAGGUUAUGCGCAACUAUGCGCUCGGAUUGAACGAGCGUCGUUCUAUCGAGAAUGAGUCUAAUUCCCGUGAGGGCUGGGAAUUGGGUCUUGAGGUGCUCGCCCGCGUGCACAAUCCGGAGAUUGCGAAGAAGGCUGUUACGGAUAUUGUGGAGAAGUUACCGCUUGAUAAUCUCGAUCAACUUGAUAAGCUGGUUGUGCUGUGCUCGGAUCUGGGGCUGGAAGAGCAGGGUCGCAAGAUUGCCGAGCGCUUCGGUGAUUUGACCACCGACACCUCAGAGAACUACGGUCUCGCUCUGGUCAGCUACGCCCGUGCCCAUAACCGCCGCAAGGUCAGGGCCGUGGUGGAACUUCUCAUUUCGUUUAGUUUGGUGCAAUCACGCGCGUACCCUGCCGCCGCCGAUCUGGACGAACAGCUCCGCUCUUUGCUGAAGGAACCCAAGACGUGUCUUUCGUCCAUCGCAUCUAUCAACGAGGAAGCUGCCAGCAUUCUGCAGUUCUACCUCAGUGGAUACGCCACGCUCCGCCGGUUCUACGAGAUUCGUGACGAGGCACUGGAAUUGGAGGAGGGCCAGCGUCCGCGAUUCAAACCGCUUGCUCGUCGUCGUGCAGCAGCCAAGGCCCUUGCCGCGGUUAUCAGCAGUGCCGCUGACAACAUCUACGGAAGCCUAUUCGAUCCGGACCGGGACUCGGCCGUUCAGGUAGACGGGUUGAUGGCGCUAUUGGGCGAGGCAUUGGUAUUCGUCAACCAACCAUCCCCCAUCCUCACAGUCUCCCAACAAUUCACCAUCCUCUCCGCAAUCGAAGACCUCGAAACAGUCACCCCCCGUGUCUACGCCCAAUGCGAAGAAUGCUUCCGCUCCACCCUCCUCUCCGCAAACCCAUCCGCCUCCCACGCCUCCCCUCCCUCCCCGCGCACCCUCCUCAAGAAAUCCGUCUCCGCCCUCUCCACAUCAACCUUCUCCAUCAUCGGCUCCGAUAUGCUCGAGUCCGCCCGUACCCGCUCCGCGUCGGGCUCCGGCCCUACGUCCGCCGGUAGUUCGGGCGUGCUUGUCCCCCGGCCUGGGGAUAGGGAUGGGAAUGCUGGGUCGGUGCGUGGUUGGGAUUGGAGGGUGGGAUUGCCGGAGGGGACGAGGGGGGAGGAUGUUUUGCGGAUGUUGAGGUUGGGGCUGGCGCGUGGUUUGAGUGUUGGUGCUUUGGGGUGCGUUUAG